AUGACACAGGAAGAAAUUGAAGAAGUCAGAAGAGGUUUAGGUUCUUUGGAGCUGUUGCUUGAGUCUGCUAAGUUAUUGAAUCAGGCCACAAAAGACAUGGUUGAAAAAGGGUCAAUUAAUAAUAGGAAUGAAUUAAAGAUGAUGCAGAAGAAGCUAGCAAUGGACUCAUUCAAAAUAAGUCGAAUACAUAGAAACUAUAUGACUCAUGAUAAAGAAGAAGUACUGAGACUUAUUAAUGAAGAUGCAAAAAAGUAUAAUAGAAAAGUCGGAGAAAUGUCUAGGUUAAACUCUGGCAUCGAAGAAGACGAAAUGGAGUAUGAAAAGUUGAGAGACACUGUGAAACUACCCGCUUUUGAAUUUUCUAUUGAAACUAUAGAGUCAUAUAACAACGGUGAGUUACUAAAUAGUAUUUCAAAGGACUCUGAAGGAAAUUAUCCUUCAAUAGUGAAAGUAGAUCAGAUAUUUUCAUUAGAUCCGGCCUCCUCACUAGAGACACCAGAUUUUAACGUGUUCUCUGAACUAGUGAAUAUUGAAUAUAGGCUUAGGAUACAAAGGAGAAUUAAAUAUGAGAUCUUGAUGGUGGUGAAGAGCCAGAUUACAAGUAAUAAUAGAAAAUGGAUAUCGAGAGACACUUCGCUUAACGAUUUCAUGUCGAAGAAAUUACCUGAGGUUAUUGAAUCGGUAGAGAAUAUUAAGAAGAACGAAUAUGAAGACCUUAAAGAUUUCAAUUAUAGUGAGGGUAUAGCUGAUGAACUCGACGAGGACAUAGAACAAGAGAUCGAAGAGGAGGAGGAAGAAGAAGAAGAGGAAGAAGAGGAGGAGGAAGAGGAAGAACAAGAAGAACAAAAAGAAGAACAAGAAGAAGAACAAGAAGAAGAACGCGAAGAAGAACGAGAAGAAGUUCAAGAAGAUCAGGAUGAUCAAAUCCCCGAUGACAUAGACGAUGGUGUACCCAUUGAGAAUAAACAUGAGCAAGAAUUAUCUCAUGAAUUACAAAAUCAGAGUAAUAUAGAAGAAAACAUUGAAGAGGUGGAAGAAUCUAACCGUGUCUCUAAUGCUGUAGAGGAUGAGGCUGACAUAAACGAUACUGAAAUGUUAAUAGAUUAA